AUGACUUUUCUACCAUGGAUCUCCGACCUCCGUGGCGCCAUUGACGGCGCCGCUACCACCACUGCCACGGCAGGCCCCAACCUCUCGUUCCAACAGAUCGCCUUCCUCACGUUCCAGGCCGUUCUCGAGGUGGUGAUCAUCUGUUUUGCCGGGUUUGUGGCGGCUAAACUGGGACUUCUCAACACCAAGGCGCAAAAAGUGCUCUCGCAGCUCAACGUGGACUUGUUCACGCCCUGCUUGGUGUUCAUCAAGUUGGCGCCAUCGUUGUCGUUCCAGAAGAUGGCUGACCUCAUCAUCAUUCCCAUUUUCUUUGGGGUCUCCAGUGUGAUUGCCUAUUUAUUCUCACGGGGGGUGUCGCGCGGACUCCAUUUGAAUGAGCCGGAGUCGGACUUCGUGACAGCCAUGGCGGUGUUUGGCAAUUCCAACUCGUUGCCGGUGUCGUUAACGUUGCUGUUGGCGUACACAUUGCCAGACUUGCUUUGGGAAGACGUGGUUGACGAUUCUGCUGACAAGGUGGCAUCACGCGGGAUUUUAUACCUACUCAUUUUCCAGCAGUUAGGACAGAUCCUCCGGUGGUCGUGGGGCUUCAACACCUUGCUACGCAAACGGUCGCAUGUUGAGCUCAACACAUACUACUGCGGGUUGCGCCACCAGCAUGCCGAUGAGGAGGACCUGUUACUUACACCCGAGUACCAUGGCGACCAUGACGGGUACGUGCAGGAACCUGUUGGUGCUGGUGCCGAGUCGGGAUCCUCGCUGUCGGCGUCGUCACUCGUUGUGGACGUGCCAGAUCACUACAAGCGUCUCCACGAGUACAUGCAUAACCCCACGGUCGCCAACCGCAUCAGGGCCCACUUGACGCGGGUGGCGCACUCGAAGCCAGUGAGCACGGUGCUGCGGUUCAUGAACCCACCGUUGUACGCUAUGUUCUUGUCCAUUGUGGUGGCCAGUGUGCCGUCGCUCCAGGACAUUUUCUUCACCAGCGGGUCCUCGUUCAUCGGCAACACCGUCACCAAGUCGGUAUCGCAAUUGGGGUCGGUAUCGAUUCCACUUAUCCUUAUCGUGUUGGGGUCCAACUUGUACCCCUCCAAGGACAUCCCCAAGGCAUCUCGCCACCACACACGCAUAGUGGUGGGUGCAUUGUUGUCGCGUAUGAUCCUCCCGCCGUUGGUGUUGCUUCCCAUCAUCGCUGCAUGCGUCAAGUACAUCAACAUUUCCAUUUUGGACGACCCAAUCUUUUUGAUUGUUGCAUUUGUGCUCACGAUUUCGCCGCCAGCCAUUCAGCUCUCGCAGAUCAUCCAGCUCAACAACAUCUACCAGAAGGAGAUGUCGGGAGUGUUGUUCUGGGGAUACGUGGUGUUGACGUUGCCGACGACCAUCUUCAUAGUGGUGGCCAGCUUGGAGGUGUUGAAGUGGGCGCAGUAG